AUGGGAACGGAGAAGUUUCCUACGAGUUUGGGUGCUGCCAGUCAAAACGGAUCCAGCUCUAAUGUCAGUAGGCAGACGUCACGUCAGACAUCAAUGUUGGAGACCUAUGACCUGUCUUGUAAGGUGAUGUUGAUUGGUGACAGCGGUGUGGGCAAGACCUGUCUGCUGGUGAGGUUCAAGGAUGGAACGUUUUUGUCUGGGAGCUUUAUCUCCACUGUGGGCAUAGACUUCCGGAAUAAAGUAGUUGAUGUUGAGGGAACCAAGGUUAAAUUACAGAUUUGGGAUACAGCAGGACAGGAAAGAUUUCGUAGCAUUACACGAGCAUACUACAGAGAUGCACAUGCCUUACUUCUACUUUAUGAUGUCACAAACAAGACAAGCUUUGAUAACGUCAGGGCCUGGCUUGGGGAAAUACAUGACUAUGCUCAAGAUGAUGUUGUUGUCAUGUUGCUUGGCAACAAAUGUGAUGUAAACAGCGACAGAGUUGUUAGACGAGAAGAUGGAGAAAGGCUGGCAAAA